UGUUUUACGUACCGGAGGCAAACAAGGGGAACUGUUUUUGUGAAAGCCUCUCAAAGGGAUUAGUCACGCCGCAGUGAUGUCCUGGUUGGGUUACACAGGCUAGUACUAGCGUUAAGUUGGUUAAUCAAGUGUUAACUCAACUCAAGUGUUAUCAGAGGCUUGGAUAUCGGUACGGAGAGGAGGGAGAAGUAUUACGACAUCAACCUGAGCUUCCUGAACCCAAGCUAGGUAACGUAAACCCACAACCGCAGAGGACGCCGAAGGUGAAAAAGAGAGUCCAGGAAAAGAUUAGCCAGCAGAUUGGCGCUGUAAGAGAUUAAAUAAAACAAUUCGGAUUAACUUUUGCUCAACCUUAAAGGACUUCCGUGAUGUCUCUGGCCGACCAAAGCCAGCAGUGGUUCCCCACGAGUGUGCAGGUAACGGUGCAUGAGGCUCAGAACCUGCGUCCUAAGGGCAAGAAUGGCACCAACGACUCCUACGCCAUCAUCCAGGUGGCCAAAGACAAGUUUUCUACCUCGGUGGUGGAGAAAAGUGUCGCUCCUGUGUGGAGAGAAGAGGCUUCCUUUGACCUGCCGCUCUUCCACCCGGGCAACGCUGACCGCUGCACGCUGUAUGUCAUAGUCAUGCACCGGGCUCAGGUGGGGCUCGACAAGUUCUUGGGUCAGGCUGUGGUGAACUUACUGGAUCUCCAUGACAACAAGUCUCGCAAAAAGAAAGAUUGGUUCAAGCUGGUGGACAAGAGUGGAAAAGAGGACAAGGCGCGAGGGGAGGUGCUGCUCGAUAUCCAAUUUAUGAGGAACAACAUGUCAGCUAGCAUGUUUGACCUUUCCAUGCAGGAUAAGCCGCGCUCCCGCAUCUCCAAGCUGAAGGACAAAGUCCGUGGGAAGAAAAAGGAUGGCUUCUCUGACUCUGCUUCAGCUAUUGUUCCCUCUGUCAGCAAGGUCCUCACAGACAGCGAGGGAGAGGCUGACACACAGUCACUCAAUCAGUCUCCAGGGGUGAAAAAGAAAUCUAAGCUCAAAACCCUCUUUGCCCCCAAAUCAAACUUGCAUCGUAACGUGUCACAGUCCAUGUCUACAUUGGGGACUCUUCCGGAGAAGAAUUCAUCUCUCAGUGGCAGCCGAUCAUCUGGUCUUAAUGUAGACACACCUGAAGUUAAAAAGAAAUUCAAAUUCUUGGGACACAAGCGAACAGGCAGCUCUGACAGCAAGGUGUCUCAGGGUCCUUUCUCCCUACUUGGUCGCUCCAAGCAGAGCAACAGUGACCUGAACAGCCUGUGCAUCAAUGGCAGCCAUGUGUACACAGAGGAGGAGUCCAAGAGUGGCUCUACUCUCAGUUUGAACAGCUCAGGUCAAGGAUCUUUGGAGGAUGUCCGCAAACACACCUCUGACAUCUCUGCUGAUUCCUUUGUACCUGUGCCCUCCCACAAGCAGGAGUCUACGGAUAGGGCAAUACUGGAGCAACAGCGCCAUCAAGAGGAGGAGGAGAGAAAGCAGGCAGAAGAGAGGCGCAUAGCAGAGGCCAAGAGGCUGGAGGAGGAGAAAUACAGGGUAGAGGUCAAGAGACUGCAGGAGGAAGAGGAGCGCAGAAUCCAAGAGGAACAGGAGAGGAAGAGGCGCUUCCUUGAGGAUGAAGCAAGGAGGAAGAAACAAAAGGAGGAGGAAGAUGAUAGGAGAAAGCAAGAGGAAGAACGCAGGAUGCUGGAGGAGGCAGAAAACCAGAGGCUCGAGGAGGAGCGUCGCAGAGCUGAGGAGCGGAAACAACAGGAGGAGGCCUCCAUGAGCGACAGGCUGACGUCCUUGUUUGGAAUGAUCAGAAAGAAGGAGGAGAAGAAGGAGGAGGUACAGCAACAAGCUAAAGAAGAGCUGCCCGCAAAACCCCCUCGCAGCAACGCAGGAAAUCCCGAUCAACUGAUCGCCCAGCGCUCCACCAACCCGUUUGAGGACAUUCCCCUGAGCUCAGAUCCUCCAGUCAGCAGUGAUGAAAGUCCAGCCGAUCAGCAGAAAUCCAGCCGCAACCCACAAACCCCGUCUGCCAUGGUCUUCCUCAACCGCACUGCUAAAGUGUCAGCAGUCAAACCCAGAUUAACUCAAUCUCUGGAGUCUGAGCCUGCUGACUGCCAAACCCCCAGUCAGCUGCAUCCCUCCCCAGCCACCUCUGAGUCCACCCUCUCUAGUGUCCCAUCUGAGUCCCCUGAUACUUUCUCCAGUCUCCACUUAUCCCUGGCUCCACCUAACAUAAGUCAAAGCCCAUCGGGUUCUCCUCGUGGCAGUAGAGAGGAUUUGUCCUCUGUUGGAUCUUCACCUACCAUGGCGGAUAAGAAGAGAAAAGCCCCAGUGCCACCCUCGUAUCCAGUGCAUGGCAGUGGAGGAAGAGAGCUCUCAAACCCUGCAUAUGAAGAGCCAGAUGGGCUGCAGCCAGGAAGAAAACCGUCUGUACCACUUCCUGAUUAUGAAACUCUAUUUCCUCAGAAGAGACACGGCGUGCAAGGACACACUCGAUGGGACCAUAUAAUCGCUGAGGUCAAUCAGAAACACCGGGAUAGUGCAGAGAUGAGUGUUGAUGGCCCAGAGGAGCACGAACUCAAUGUUGGGUCUUCACUCCCACAGGAGAGUCCUGCCACCAGGCAUUACCAAACACAACCACACGAAACCAAACCUACAUCAUCCAAAAAAACAGCAGCCCCAGCUCCCCCUAAAGCUGUUGCACCUCCACUCCCUCGAUCAGUAGGUGAUUCCAAUCAAAGACAGAGCCAGAGUACUGCUCAACAAUCUCUCAUGAGGCGAAGUCUGCCUCCAGUCCCAGAAACUGCAAACACUGACCUUUCAAGCAGAGAAAGUCUUUCAGUGAUACCCAGGGAUGGAGCAAGGAAGGUGUUGCACCCAUCGCCUGCACCAACACAUGUACCCAGGCCUACUAGCCAAAUAGACUGGGAUUCAACACCACAAGAUGAUCAAAGAAAAGUCACUGCGAACAAAGAGGCACCCACGGCGAAACCCAGACAGAGAGCUAGUGGCAAAGAGCCAGUUCAGCAAGAAGAUUCUGGUGUGACACCAGUGCUCUCCAACAGUAACAUCCAAACAUCUAGUUCACGUAUUAGCAGCAGGGACACAAACGGCAGGCAGGCAACGGAGAACUUUGAUUUUGAUCCGUUUCCCAGUACUGAGCUUCUUCCCAGAGACCCAUGGGCACAACCGAACAAGAACCAAGAUGCAAAUCACAUUUUUACAAGCAGUGUACAAAAAGAGCAGAAAGUUGAAGAUCGUGGAAUGACCCUAGACGAUAUUGAUAAAAUCUUUAACCAAGAGAGACCGACAGAUCCAUUUGCUGAUUUUAAUGGCAAUGAUUCAAACAAACAUGGCGAGAACAAGAAAAAAGAUGAAGAUUCAAAGCCGGAGAGUCCAGUUUUACAAAGAAAAAAUUCACAGAGACGAUUUAAAUACAACCCUCCAUCCACGACUCAGUCAGACAGUAAGAUUUCCAAGUCUGGACCAGAACCCACGCCUAAAGCAGAAACAACCACAACCACAGAUAAUCAGGUCCUCUCUGCAAGAGGUGUCAGGAAAGAGUCUGUCGCACUGAAGCCUCCAGCUGAUGCAAAAACACAAAGCAAACUUUAUGGAGGAGAGGAUCCAUUUGGAGCUGAACAGUUUACCCCAGAGUUCCUCCAGGUAGCUAUGGAGGAACCAGCAGGAGGUUUGUCUGGUGGAAAGCCGUCUUUGCGUGCGUGGGUGUCUCCCUCUGACAUUCAGCCUGUCAGUGCUCAGAAUAGCAUUGGAGGUGGGCUAGCCUUGACUCCUCGCAGGCCUCAUCCUGUGAAGCCCAUGAGCUUAGAGAGUCAGCAUCCCAUCAGUACCCCCGCUGUGAAGGAGAUAAAGGUCCGUGACAGCACACUAGGAAAGAUCCAGAUGACAGACUCAGUGGGAAGUGGCCCUUACACUCAGCUGACACAGGAAGAGCUAAUCACACUGGUGGUGAGGCAGCAAGCCGACCUGUCCAGGAAGGACUCCAAGAUUGUCGAGCUCGAGGAGUACAUUGACAACCUGCUGGUUCGCGUCAUAGAUGAGAAACCCAGCAUCCUGCAAUCUCUUAAUAGCAAGCCAGUGUAAGGCACCAGCUGCUGGAGGAGGAGAGUCCCACUUAAUAACCCAUUUAUGUUUGUGUGUCAUCGCACUGUUGUCACGUAAGUGUACUGAGAGACAGUCUCGAUUAAGGUUUAGAGCAUAUGCACUUUCUAAGUUUCAGAGUCAACUUUGUUUGAGAAUGCUGAAAAACUGACUCUGAAGUAAAAUAUUUGAUGAACACUUCAAAUGAACAUAACAAGCAAAUGAAACAUCUUUUUAUGAGCAAAUGAAUGUAUUUUUUUUACACUAAGGUACUGGUCUUUGCUUUAAAAAGAAACUUGUUACAUACAAAUCAAAUUAACAUUUUGAUUCAUAUACCAUACUUGGGUUGAGCUUUAUUUAAUAUAUUAAUGAUGCAAAUAGAAAUGAUUGUUUAUUUUAAAUUAUCUGGCUUUUUUUACUCUUUACACUGGACUGCGAUGAAUGAUCAUAUAUCAAACCUUUCACAACUAUUCCAAAUUCAUGCACCAUCUUAGUAAGGAAAGAAUGUAAUAUUUCUCUGUUAUGAAUUAUGAUCUUAUGAGAUGAGUCGUGAUUUAAAUUGUUUAUAUGACAACUGCACACUAUUUUUUUUUAUCUUCUUUUCGAUCCUUCUGGCUUGCAUGUAUUUUUCUUUUUUCUUUGAUUAACAACAUUCCUCCCACAUUUAAUUUAGCACAGAUGAAUGUCAGCUGGUUGUCCAGUCCUUAAUAACAUAUUGUGCCUAUUUAGCUUCACAGAGGUGUUAUUUAGAAAACCAGCAAUGAAUAAAAUUGCACAGCAGGUAUGGUAGUUUUUCCUCUCAUGUGGUAGCCUGCGCACAUAGUUUAAAAUAUUAUGCAAGUAAUAAUGCGGAAUCAAACUCUUCUACUAAUAAGACUUUGAUCACUGUGAUGUUUGUGUUGUGUUUGUAUAAUGAAAACCAAGAGAUAAUCAGAGGCACAGUAAUCGAGUCAGUAUCAGUAAUAAUAACCAACCAGCCUUGUCUUUGUAUUUGAAUUACACUAAUGAAUGAACAUCUAUGCCUUUAUAUGACAACAUUAUUCUAUGUCUUGGCAGCAAUGAUAGCAAUAUUAAUCUCCAGAAUGUAUAGACCUGUGCCUUCAAAACCUUUUUCAUGACUUUAUGCCUGAUUUGCUGGAUGAACAGUUAUUGGCUCUUCUUUUUCUGGAGUGAGAGCUCAAAGAAUGUACAGCCUGAUGUAUCGAGUGUUUGGAGACAUGAUAAUAAUGCUGCAGUCGAUGUAAAAUUUCAGAAGGAAGUGAUGCUGAGCAAAACAUGGUUUUAUUUGAAAUAAAGACACUAAUUAUUUCACCA